AUGGCCAAAAACACUGUGCCGACUACGGUGGAGUUUCCUCAACCUGGUUGGGAAACGGCCGUCACUUCCGGCGAGCCAAAUGUUGAAGACGGAGAGCAAUCCCAGCUACUGAACGAAGAGAGCUUCAAACCUCCCAGGAAAGAGUCGCUAUGGAGGAGGUUUAGGUCUUGGUUCAUCCACGGUGCCUUCAUGGCACUCUAUCUUAUUCUUCUACCGUCCGCGAUGUCUCUCUGGCCAUGGCACAGACAGAACUGCGUAAGCCAGUUCAAUUCCUAUUCGCCAAUAAAUGACGGCAUCAAAGAAGAGUAUGUCGAUAACUGGUUCAAGGGCUCCUUGUGGUACCAGUCGCCAUACAAAGGGCCGCCGACGCCUGAGGUGAACAGGGCGUGGAAAGAUCUCAUGAAAUACGGCGUCAUCAGCGUAACCGCCGAGGAUAUUCAGCGAAUCGGCCAUAACACGACCGCCGUUCAAUUCCCCGAUGAAGUCGGAGGCGGGUACCUGGCUGUGGCCAUGGGGACUCAUCAUAUUCACUGUCUCUACUUCAUAUGGAAGGAUCAUCACAUGGAUUCCUUCCCACAGUCAAAAAUAAACAAAGAGGAAGUUCCGGAGAUGUACGAGCGGCACUAUGAACACUGCGUCGAUUAUCUUCGCCAGGCGAUCAUGUGCAAUUUCGAUCCCGGCAUUAUACCUUAUUACUGGGUAAGGAAGCAUAAUCAGCCAACUCCAGACGGCAAUACCUUUCACAAAUGCGUCAACUGGGAUCAUCUUCAAGGAUGGUUAAAGGACCGAGCAGUCGAGAUUCCUGAUGACUUUGAGUGGCAUCAACCACCUGAUGCAGUACCACUACCAGACAACCCUUAG